ACCUUGAGGCUUGCGUCGCUGCUGGUAGUGUCUGGGCGUCUCUACGCCGACUAUAUUUAGGCUGCUUGUUGUGGCGCUGGUCAGCUGGGACCCUGCAGGAGGACACGCCUCUGGACUGAAUGGAGUGCACCUUGCGUAAAGUCCAGUUUGCAGCGGAUCUAAACUUCUUUUUCGCCUCUUUUUAGGUUUCGAUUGGUGUCGGUAUCGUUUAUUGGGGACUAUAAACUCAGCGAUGACUCGAGAAGAGGACCUGAUCCACAUCGCUAAAAAGCUAGACAAGAUGGUGUCUAGAAAUAACACGGAGGGUGCCAUUGAUCUGCUGAAAGAGCUGAAAGGCUUCAACAUGACACUCAAACUUCUCCAGGAAACAAGAAUUGGCAUGUCUGUGAACAGCAUCAGGAAGCACUGCAGAGAUGAAGAAGUUGUCUCUUUGGCAAAGCUCCUCAUUAAAGAAUGGAAGAGACUUCUGGACUCUGGGAAUACUCACUCUGAGAAAGAUGCUGAAAUGAAGAACGGUUUGGACUCCAAGAAACCUGCAGCAACAGCUACAAACAGCUCCUCUUCAGAGCCACAGAGCAGUCACAGGAGGCCAGAGGCCGAAUUGAAACACGAAUCAGGUUCUGACAAAAACAGGGAUGUAAAACAGAACGAUAACCACAUAAACAAAAAGAGGCACGUAGAUGAUCUCAGGAUGGAUGGAAAACACCCUGGAGAGCACCAAAGUGAGAAACACCUUCAAGAAAUCAGAGGAGAGAAACAAAUACCUGCAGAGAAUCCCAAAGUGGAAAUGGAGAAUAAGAAAGAGAGGCACGUAAAACAUUUGCAGAGUGGAAAACACAAGUCAGACCCAAUCAAAGAAAGAUCAUUGGAAGAUCUGAAAAAGAUAAGGCAUGCUGAACGACUGAAAAAAGAGAAACCUCUUGAAGAGCCGAAAAAACAUGCAGACAAGUUAAAGAUGGAUAAAAACAGAGAGGAAAGCAGACAAGAGUGGCCUGUAAGCACACCUCAGAGAGAGAAGCCCGCUGAAGCUCAUAAACGUCUUGAAAGGAGAAGAGUGCUGGACGGCACCGUUCUGUACCCCACCCGCUUCCCCUCUCCUCCUCGACGUGGUCGGCCUCUCUUACCCAUCAAACGUCCGUCUCUGGAUUCGGAAAAAGACAGGAAGGACAGUAAAGAGUCUUCCUCUCGACACCCUCACUCUCACGGACCUCAACCGGCCUCUCCGCCACCAAAACGACCUGCAAUAGAAGUCAAGAAAGACAGGAAAGUAUCAUUGGACCCAAACGCUCCCAUAGCUCCUCUUCCUUUCCACCUCCAUCCUCCUCCACCAAGAAAACAGCCUCCUGACCCCAACGCUCCCCUUCCUCCACUCCCACUCCAUCUUCACCCCCCUGCUCCUCCUCCAAAGCCCCCCUCUGUGGAUGGGAGCAAGGACAGCAGGAAGUCGUUCACAGACUCAAAGCUUCCACAGAAAAAGUCUGCAGAUUGUGCAAAGAAAGACAGGUCUGCAUUCUGUCAAGUUACUCUACCUGUCGUGUAUAUGUGGAAAGAUUCAGAUGAUGGCAAAGCAUCUAAGAAACUCUCAGAUGACACCAAACAAGAAAGGAGAGAUUCAUCUGACUCUAAAUCACCUCCUCCCAAAAAGCCCUCCGUCGAAGUCAAAAAAGAAAAACACAGGAAGGAUUCCAGUGAUAUGAAGCCGUGCCUACAUGCAAAAGGCAAUUCCACUGACUCCAAAGCUGUCAGGAGGGAGUCUUUGGGUUCGAAGCCUCUUGGACAACCACAGAGGAAACCGUCUACUGACAACAUUGAAAGGAAGAGUAAAACCGAAGCACCCAGAACUCCCACCACCCCGACCAGUCCGAUGUCACCCAGCUUCAGCACUCCUGGGGGUCCUCUGCCCCCUUACCUGGCUACUGGAAACUCCAUCAGAGAUAAGUGCAUUGAGAUGCUGGCAGCUGCCCUCCACACAGACAAUGACUACAAGGAUUUCGGAGCAAACUGUGACAGCAUGGCCGCAGAGAUUGAAGAUCAUAUCUACCAGGAGAUCAGGGCCACGGAUAUGAAGUACAAGAACAGAGUCCGGAGUCGCAUCAGCAACCUGAAGGACCCCAAGAACCCAGGGCUUCGCAGAAAUGUCCUCGCAGGCAGCAUCGAGUUGAGCCGUAUGGCCAGCAUGUCCGCUGAGGAAAUGGCCAGUGACGAACUGAAACAGCUGAGGAACGUCCUCACCCAGGAGGCCAUCAGAGAGCACCAGAUGGCCAAAACCGGUGGGACCACCACAGACCUGCUGCAGUGUGGCAAGUGCAAGAAGAAGAACUGCACUUACAACCAGGUGCAGACUCGCAGCGCUGAUGAGCCCAUGACCACAUUUGUCCUCUGCAACGAGUGUGGUAACCGCUGGAAGUUCUGCUGAUGACUUCAAGGUGAAGCUAUGUUUUUCAGAAAGUCCUGUACUGCUUCUUCUCCAUAACUGGAAGACAAUGAUUUCAACAAAAAGGGUGUUCUACAGUUUUUACUUGAAAUGUUUUUAGAUUUAUGAGCAUAGAUAAAACAACAAAGUUGGAUUAAUGGGGAUUGGAUGAAAAAACAAACCAAAAGAGCUGUUAAUUAAUAAUUAGGACCUUGGACCUGCUUUAUUCCCUUUAAUAUGCCCUGUCAUAUUAUAGCCGUUUAUUUUGUAUAUAUAUCUUCCAAUAAAACCAGAUAAAUCAGUU